AUGUUGUCAUUGAAGAAGGUUGGAGUGAAACAAGAAGAAUCGAUUUCCUCUUCCAUCGGGAAGAACAGCGACGGAGAAGAUUCCGGUGAGAAAGAGGUGCAGAGCACUUACAACAAGGAUGGGACAGUGCUGGACACUAUGGAAGCGUUGGAAGAGGUUCUUCCAGUGUGGAGAGGUAUUUCGAGGUUCUACAAUGGCAAAUCAAAGUCCUUCAAUAACUUGUCAGAUGCUGUUUCUUCCAACAUUAGAGACCUUGUGAAGCCGGAGAAACCCUACAAUAGAAAACGCAAGAGACUUCUGGCUUUGGCUUUUCGUCGAACAGCUCGAAUGCGAACUCGUGAUCAGGAGGACUUCAGUAAUGCCAGGAACUCCUCGUCGUCAUCGCCACGGUUUCUUGAUGAUGAAACUCUUCCUUUGCUUCCACAACCAGGACAAAGCUGA